UAGGUCACGUGAUUUUGUUUACUACGAGAACGCGUGAGCUGUUUAAGCUGGAAACCUUAUAUCUAACAGUUAAAAUAUUGAGGGGUUAUAAAUAAAAACAAAUGUAAUCUUUGAUAACGUUUAUCUUUGUUAAUAAAUGUUAUGGCUCCUCCAUUUUAGGAUAAUGCUAGCCGUAGCUUCUCGGCUUUGGUGGCUAAGCUAGCUACAAUCUCAUGAAUCGUCGUCGGUGGUUUAAUUGUCGCUAACACCAGCAGCUAUGCGCUCUUUAAACUAUGUGCAGCGGGUUAGCUUGGAUUUUACAGGAACUCUGUUUCCCCAUGCGAUUUGUUUGGGAGACGCCGACAACGACACGCUGAACGAGCUGGUUGUAGGAGACACCAGUGGGAAGCUCCUUGUGUAUAAGAACGAUGACUCCAAACCCUGGAUGACGAGAACCUGUGUUGGCAUGCUGACUUGUGUUGCAGUUGGAGAUGUCUGCAAUCGAGGAAAGAACCUGGUGGUGGCUGUAGGUGCCGAGGGCUGGUUUCACCUCUUUGACCUUACGGCUGCUGCAGCAGGAAAAUGCGAUUCGUCCAGUCAACAUGAAUUCCUCUCUGCCGACGACCAGAAGCCGUUCUUCACCCAACAUAUUCCUGCCAACACUAAAGUCAUUCUCAUCAGUGAUAUUGAUGGUGACGGACGUUGUGAGCUGGUGGUGGGCUACACAGACCGGGUGGUGCGAGCUUUUCGAUGGGAGGAGCCCUCUGAAGGGACAGAUCUGGGAUCUGGCCAGCUGGUUCUGCUGAAGAAAUGGCUCUUGGAGGGACAGGUUGACAGUCUGUCAGUGAACCCAGGCCCAGAGGGAUUACCAGAACUGAUGGUCUCCCAGCCAGGAUGUGGCUACGCCAUCCUGCUGUGUUCCUGGACACAGCAGGACUCUAGUAGCUCAGGAGAAGAUGGACCCGCCACACCCGGGAGCGAGGGGCCCUCAAGAGAUGUGGUUCUCCACCUGACCACUGGACGGAUUCACAACAAGAACGUUUCCACUCAUCUUAUUGGAAGUAUAAGCAAAGGAUCAAAAGAGGAAUCGUCUAAAUGUGGACUGUUUGCUCUCUGUACUUUAGAUGGAACGCUGAAGUUAAUGGACAGCUCCCAGCAGCUGUUGUGGUCCGUCCAGGUGGAUCAUCAGCUCUUUGCUCUGCAGAAGCUCGAUGUCACUGGUGACGGCAGAGAGGAGGUGGUUGCCUGUGCCUGGGAUGGUCAAACCUACAUCAUCGAUCACAACAGAACAGUCGUUCGGUUCCAGUUCGACGAGAACGUCAACGCCUUCUGCGCAGGCCAGUACACGUGUAAGGAGGGUAAAAACAGCCCCUGCCUCGUCUAUGUGAGUUUUAGUCACAAGAUCCACAUCUACUGGAAGGUGGAGCUGGAACGCAUGGAGUCCACCAACUUGCUGAAGGUGCUGGAGGAGAAAGCUGAGUUCAAAAGCCACCUGAAGGCGCUGGGAGUCGACGCUGAGGACGCUGCGGCGGUGAGGACGCUGGUGGCAGAUCUCCUCUACGGUGGUUCACAGACGUAGCCCAGCCCUCUGCUAAUAAACACCGUCCUUCCCCAGA